CUUAGUCCUUCCUUACCUACCACCUCCACCACCAUCAACAAUUUAAGUUCUCUUGGACUGGUUUUCACUUUUUAAUUCUUCUUCUUCUUCAUUCAGCAACAUGUCAUCAUCAACCCCUCAAGUCAUAACCUGCAAAGCUGCAGUGGCAUGGGGAGCUGGAGAGCCAUUGGUAAUGGAGGAAGUGCAAGUGAGUCCUCCCCAACCAAUGGAGAUUCGGAUUAAGGUUGUCUGCACCUCUCUCUGUCGUAGUGAUCUUGCUGCUUGGGAAUCUCAUGCCAUAUUUCCUCGCAUAUUUGGCCAUGAAGCAUCAGGGAUUGUUGAGAGUGUGGGACUGGGAGUGACUGAAUUCAAAGAGGGUGACCAUGUGCUAACAGUGUUCAUUGGAGAAUGCAUGGCAUGCAGGCUGUGCACAUCAGGAAAAAGUAACAUUUGUCAAGUUUUGGGAUUGGAGAGAAAGGGUUUAAUGCAUAGUGAUCAGAAGACACGCUUCUCAAUAAAAGGGAAGCCUAUUUAUCAUUAUUGUGCUGUUUCAAGUUUCAGUGAAUAUACAGUAGUCCACUCUGGAUGUGCAGUGAAAGUCAGCCCUCAUGCACCUCUUGAGAAAAUAUGCCUUCUGAGCUGUGGGGUUGCUGCAGGUAUAGGGGCAGCAUGGAAUGUUGCUGAUGUGUCAAAAGGAUCAACAGUGGUAAUAUUUGGUCUUGGAACUGUUGGCCUUUCUGUUGCACAAGGUGCCAAACUAAGGGGUGCAUCUCGAAUAAUUGGUGUGGACAACAAUCCACAGAAGUGUGAAAAAGCUGAAGCUUUUGGGAUUACAGAAGUUGUCAACCCGAACUCCUACAAAGAACCUAUUGCCCAGGUUAUUAAGCGCAUUACUGAUGGUGGGGCAGAUUUCUCUUUUGAAUGUGUAGGUGACACUGAUAUGAUAACCACUGCAUUGCAAUCAUGCUGCGAUGGUUGGGGUUUGACUGUAACACUAGGUGUUCCAAAGGUUAAGCCUGAGAUGUCAGCUCAUUAUGCACUAUUCUUAAUGGGAAGAACAUUGAAAGGAUCUCUAUUUGGAGGAUGGAAACCUAAAUCUGAUCUGCCUUCAUUGGUAGAGAAGUACGUGAACAAGGAAAUCCAUAUUGAUGACUAUAUAACACACAAUUUGCCAUUUGAUGACAUUAACGAAGCUUUCAAUCUCAUGAGGGACGGAAACUGUCUGCGCUGUGUUAUCCACAUGCCAAGAUAAUUCCUAUGGCUUCUCGUUUCUUUAUGUAACAACCCGUUACCGAACCGGUGUGUUAUCAUUACGUAAGAUAUUAAGCUCAGUGACAAUCAUAGCACUUCAAUUAAAAA